UUGUCUUGCUCUAUGAGCUGCUUAUGCCUCAGUUUAAUUUUGUCGUGUAUUGUGUUCGGUUGAAAUAAAUUUGUGGUUGUGCUGUUUACGACUUAAUAUGUAGCACGCAAUUUAAAAACUAGAAAAUAAAAACAAGUAACAAAUAUAGAAGAAUAAAUAGAAGGCAUCAUCUUUAAUAUCGAAGAAAUAAAAAUAAGCCAAUAGAGUUUCGGAAGCUUGCUGGUUUGAGAAAAACAUUAUGUUGCACAGUUUUGAUGCGGAUUGAAAACGUUUAUUAGACCGUGUUGUCCGCCAUGAGCACACCUGAAGCACGCAGUGAAACUGUUACUUCCGAUGAAGAAGAUUUUAAAUCGGUCAUUCCGCACAGCUUUGAAGAUGUACCAAAUACAUCAACGGCGCAACAAAACGAUAAGGAACUGCUUAGCCAUACCGAUUUCGAAAAAAUGGAUUCUGAAAAUGACCCUAGCUCUAACUACAGUUGCCGGAUAUGGGAGAAUGUUGAUGAUUUUAUGGAUGAUAAUUUAUCCACCUUAAAUGCUACUGAACAUGACGUUACUACAUUGACUGAAUCAACUUUAAAAACAUCGGACUUGGGCACUCUCCUUGAAGUGGGAGAUAAAAAAAUAUGUGUGGAUAGAAUUGAUCCAUUACCAAGCUCAUUUCAACCAGAUUUGAAUAAUUCAAAUAUGUUUCAAGUAACUAAUACGAUUGAUCCCUGUAAAAUAGCCAGUAGUACACCGCAAUUCACCAGCGGAAUCGAAAAUUCCAAUAUGUAUAAUGACAAUGUUGAAGAAGACAUUAAAUUUUCGCCCAGAGAAAUAAUUCUGCAGACACCGUCCACUGAACAGUACAAUUACAAUUUAUCGCUUCCUUCAUCCUCACAUGUUGGUCAAUUGCAUUCGCCUUCAUCUUAUGGUCAUCCGUUACCGUCUACGCAUCACGAGUUGGACCCUCAUACAUUCGUACGUCCACUCCUGCAGCCACAACAAACGCACAGUCAGCAGUCCUAUGGACAAUAUUCAACACCACCUGGCUAUCAUCCAAAUAUGUGGUAUCCGAAUGCACCAUACGGAUCAUCAAAUAGCUACUAUAGGUCUUGCAGUGGUAAUCGAUAUCCUAAUUACGGUAGUUAUCCUCACGACCCCAUGCUGGAUAUGUUGCAACUUUCUAAUAGUGGUCGCGAAGCAAGGAAUCGGGCGGAGAAAAAUAGACGAGACAAACUAAACGGAUCGAUUCAAGAGCUUUCCACUAUGGUUCCACAUGUUGCAGAAUCCCCCAGACGUGUUGAUAAAACUGCAGUCUUACGUUUUGCUGCACACGGCUUACGACUACAAUACAUAUUUGGAGAAAGCCUUAAUAACCCCCGCCCUCAAUAUACCGAUUCAUUAAUGAAGCUUCUGGACAGGUUUUUUAUAGCUCUUACAUGCCACGGGCAAAUUGUCUUAAUAUCGUCAAGUGUUGAACAACAUUUGGGCCAUUGUCAGACUGAUUUAUACGGGCAAAAUAUCUUAAAUAUUACACAUCCCGAAGAUCACAAUAUGAUGAAACAACAAUUGAUACCUUCCGAUUUGGACGAGCUUUUUGAUUGGCAGGCCGACGAUGAUUCAAAUGAACCCAAAUCACGUAGUUUAGAACAAGAGGAGUACAUAGAUAGACGUUUGCGCUCGGAUAAACGAAAGUUCACCGUUCGAUUAGCCCGGGCUGGUCCACGCUCAGAGCCUACUGCAUAUGAAAUAAUCAAAAUCGAAGGGAAUUUUAAACGCAGCAAUGCAGCACCGCGGGGCACAAGAAUAAACACAUUUCCCUCUAAUAUACACAUGAUAAGACGGUCGCGCGGUCGGGAUGAUACGAUUCCGUUACACGCAAUAAGUGGAAAUGACAUUGUGUUAAUUGCUACAGCCCGAAUAAUUCGACUCCCAAAAGUUAUUAAUAGUGUGACAGUAGCUAAUGCAAUGGAAUAUAAAACGCGGCAUCUGAUUGAUGGUAGCAUUCUUGAUUGUGAUCAAAGGAUUGGACUUGUAGCUGGUUAUAUGACUGAUGAAGUACAAGGUUUGAGUCCUUUUACAUUUAUGCAUCAAGAUGACAUGAGAUGGGUUAUUAUAGCUCUACGUCAAAUGUAUGAUUGUCGUAAUCCUACUGGAGAAUCCACCUAUAGACUUAUGACCCGCAAUGGACAAUUUAUUUAUUUGCGAUCAAAAGGUUAUCUAGAGGUUCACGAAGAAACAAAAAAAGUACAUUCAUUUUUUUGCGUAAACACUCUUCUGGAUGAAGAAGAGGGAAAACGGCAAGUUGAGGAAAUGAAAUUGAUGUAUUCCCCAACUGUAAAUGCUAAAAUUCCACAAACUUCGGUGGAUGAGCCCGCUUCUAAAAACCCUCGACAACUUGAAAAAGCAGUACUUUGUCUUAUACAAAAUUUGCAGCAAUCGCCAAUUGAAGAAGAAGAUGAUGAUGGUGAGUCGUCGACAGAAAGUUUUAGCAAGGAAUAUAGAGCUCCAGACUUCGGUCCAACAACAUCUGCGGCAGCAAUGCAUCGAUAUACGGCUGCUUCUCUCUCUACUCCAUACUCCUCCAUUCGAUCUGCAGCCUAUCGCUUCGGCAAAUCAGCUAAAACUCCUCCACUUGCAUUAGUCCCACCCGAAACUUCUUCGGUCAAAACUUCAAUAUCAAAAAGUGUAAAUGUGGUUAAUGUCACUGCAGCCAAACACUUACCAAGCAAUAAACAAGAAAAAGCGGUAGAUGCAAAUCACUGUGAAGCAAGAGUGAGUUUCGAGUCAAAGGCUGAAGGAGGAAGAGGAAUAUGUUUAUGCCAAGGUAUGAGCACAAAGUACUGCAAUUAUUGCCAAUCAAUGGAAAAUCAAAUAGCAAACUCCUCGCUCACACCUCUCGGAAAGAGUACUGCGACAGAUAUGCCAGGUAAUAAGCGCAGUGCCGAACCUAUCCACACACAAGAAUUAAAGUUGCCUAAAAGACGUUUGAAGAGCACAGAAAUCGAGCAUGUGCUUUCGAAUUCACUGGACCAAUUAGGUAGAACGCUAGAUGAACAGCUUAACGCAGCAAUUGAGUUACGUGACAAGAGUAAUAAAUACGAAAUGCCUAAUUCUAAUCAUAGGAUUGACGAAUUAAUGGAGGAGCACCAAUUGCAGAGUAAAAUCUAUGUCAACAUCAAAAGCGAGUAUGAAGUCCAAAAACAGAAUAAAUGCAUCGAUGCCAGCGCAACGAAACACACGGUGUUAUCAACAACAAUUACUCCACUAGAAUCGAUCUGCAUUCAACAGCAGCGACAGUUGCUAAGUGAUGAUGAUAAUGAUGAAUAAUCUCGAUUAAGUCCGAAACUACAGGAAGCAAAGUGGCAACGAAUUAGUUAGUUAUGUUGGCCGAACACAUAUACAUACAUACAUGUUUACGUUCGCUUAUACCUAUUUAUCUUACCAAUCACUUAAGGUUUCGUGCAAGUGAUACUGACAGAUCAAAGUGCUCAGAAAAGACUUUCAUUUCAAGCAAGACAAACUGAAUGAAUGAGGACUCUCAAUUUAACGAAAGUAUAAUUAUUUUAUUUAGGCUUGAAUGAAGGUCGGCAUCAAAUUGCCAACUACCUCAUUUAUUUGUUAUACAAUACUUAUAACUAAAAUAAUUUAUGUAUGUACCAUAUGCCAUAUAUACAUAUAUAUAUACAUAUAUACAUUUAUGUAUAUAUACCAUGUGUUAGUGUUAAAUAGCAAAUGUAUGUUCAUAUUAAAUGUAUGUGUCAUAUGAACUACCCUUCUUUCGUGUCUGAUAAUGGCAAAUGAGUGAUUUUUAUUUUUGCUAUUAGCAAUAAUGUAUUUGUAUACAUAUAUAUAUAUAGCUACAUGGUAUGUAUUUAUUUGAAUGCAUUUAUAAUAAAAACAUAGAGCCACUUAUGCAAGGAAGUUUCUUAAGUACUUAUGUACAUAUAUACAUAUACAUAUGUUAAGUAUGUGUAUUGAGCAAAUAUAUUUAGAUAAGUCAAAGGUGUUUAUCAACAAUGUACUUUAUAUGCAUAUACAUAUGUAUAUAUAGGCCAGAGCAUAGGUUAUAUUUAGUGUAUAGUGUACAACACAAUAUAUAUGAAUAAGCAGAAAUAUUAGUUUACAUAUUGUGCACAAUAUGAAUUUUAAAGAUAAUGUACAGGAAUUUGAGUGGUUAAACAAAAUGUAUCGGAACACAAAAUAGCUCUAGAUUUUAUAACCGUACCUUCUAGAUUUUAUAAUUGUACAUAUACUUAUCACAUAAAAGUGCACUCAUUCGCUUUUAAAUGUAAAAUUCUUAACACUAAGUACCAAUUAUUUAAUCAAACAAAAUUCAUUAAUAAUGACAACGAAAAAUGUUGUAGGUAUUUAUAGUAUAAAUAUUUAGGAAAACGUGGAAAAGACUGUUCAAAUACAAAUAACUUAGUUAAUUAAUAUUAUAUAAUAUAAAAAUUUAUCGUAUGAAUUGAUUGAGUGAAUGAGGAUAAAUGGAAUGUAUGAAUGAUUAUUUAUGUAUGUAUCGAAUAAAUAUGCCUUUGUAUAUUUAAUUUCAAAUUUAUACAUCUAGUUAUAUGCACAUAUGUAUACCAAAUUAGUGAAUUUGUCAUUGUUCAUUUUACUCAUACAGAUGACUAGAUAAGUUUGCAAGCGGAUGAAGGCAUGUUUAUAUACUUUAAUUCAUAUAUGUAUAUGUAAGUGCAAUGUAUGUAUAUGAAUGAGCAUAACUUUUAAGAAGUUUUCUAAUGAAACUUAAUGUUACAUAUAUAUAUAUAUAUACUAUAUAUAUAUAGAUGUUAAAUGUUUUGCAUUUGUUUUAAAAUUAGAAAUUGCAACUGUAAACUCUUUGUUACUAUUUACACUCAUGUGCAUAUGGGCAUACUAUGUACUAUUUACUAUAGAUUAACAUGAGCAUCAGAAAAUAUUGUUUUAAAUAAAGAUUUCAUGCAAAGAA